CCCGCCCGCCGACGCCGCCACCGCCGCGCGCACCCGCCGACGCCCGCCCGCCAUGAACAAGAACUGGAACGACCGGGCCGACAAGGACCUGUUUUUCACCAUUCUGUCGGUCAAGAACAUUGGCGUCAUCAGCGGCGCAGAAUGGACCACCAUCGGCAACCACAUGCGCUCCAUGGGCUACGGCUUUACAAAUGAAGGAUGUCGGUGAGUCUUCAGUCUCGGUCGAGUUGAGUCGGGUUGAGUCCACACAAGAUGGCUCCACAACCCGUCACAAAUGCCAAAUGCCAACCACCAACCACCAUCACCAUCACCAUCACCAU